GACAUAAUUUUAGUGUGAGUCUUAAAGAAAAUUAUUUGUUUUGGCAGUGUUAGUGAAUAAGUUAAGCCAUCACAUGGACAUGUGUCACAAAAAUCUUUAUUUGGACACAAGCGGUAGACAGUUGCUGCUCCGCUCGUCUCCAGUACUAUGUCUUGUCUCAAGCAGCAAGUAGAUGGCGUCUGACUACAAGCUAACGGUACAGUGAGAUAGCUGAGUCACACAGACUGGAAAAGGCAACAGUACAGAAAUUGGUGUGUAUACGCCUCUUAGCGCUUGACAAUUACUGAAAUCGGUCCGAAGAUGUUGACGAUCACGCUGAAGACUCUCCAACAGCAAACAUUUAAAAUUGAGAUAGACGCCGAAUCACCGGUAAAAGCCUUGAAGCAAAAGAUUGAGGCAGAAAAGGGGAAAGAUGGGUUUCCAGCCGCAGGACAAAAACUUAUCUAUGCAGGUAAGAUUUUGAAUGACGAGAUACCUCUGAAAGACUACAACAUCGAUGACAAAAACUUUGUGGUGGUCAUGGUGACAAAGCCCAAACCCCCCGCUCCUACCCUUCCCUCUCCUUCCCCUGCCCCUUCCACUCUUCCUGGGCUACCCCUUUCAGACGCUGCUCGUCCCACCUCCACCCCUGCCCCUAUCAUCCCAACCCAAGUCCCCUCGCCCACAUCAGCCUCUGUCACUGCCCCGACACAGACUCUGGUCCCCACCUCAGCCUCAGCCCAGACCCCAGUACCCCCUGCCGCCAUGGGAGCUAGCGCAGUUCCCGCCCCAGCCCAGGCCCCAACCUCAGCCCCAGCCUCAACCCCAGCCUCGGCCUCGCAGGAGGAUCACCCUGAUAGGCCGGCAGCCACACCUCCUGUCCUUUCCUCUCCAAGCCUAGUUGAUGACCUGGGCCUCUUAGAAGAAGCAGCAUCAAUACUUGUCACAGGUCAGGCGUAUGAGAACCUAGUAUCAGAGAUCAUGUCUAUGGGCUAUGAGAGGGAGCAGGUGAUAGCAGCACUGAGAGCCAGCUACAAUAACCCUGACCGAGCGGUGGAGUACCUGCUCAUGGGUAUCCCAUCUGAGCCUGACCUCCCCCCCCAGGAGAUCAUCCCGCCUACGGCCCCCUCCAACCCCCAAGCCCCCGCCGCAGAGAGACCCCAGCCCCUUCUAGCCACCAGCGUAGGGGGUGGAGCCGUAUCCUCGACCCAGCCUCCUCUGACCGUGGGCGGAGGAGGAGGAGGAGGAGGGGGGACUGGAGCUGCUAACCCCCUGGAGUUCCUGAGGAACCAGCCUCAGUUCCAGCAGAUGAGACAGAUCAUCCAGCAGAACCCGGCCCUGCUCCCUGCUCUGCUGCAGCAGCUGGGCAGAGACAACCCACAGCUACUGCAGCAGAUCACCCAGCACCAGGAGCGCUUCGUCCAGAUGCUGAACGACCCCCGCGCCACGGAGGCGGAAGGGGACGUGGAGGGCGAGGGGGAGGGGGCCGGCGCUGGGGCGGUGGCUCAGGGGGCGCCACAGACCAACUACAUCCAGGUCACUCCACAGGAGAAGGAGGCCAUCGAGAGGUUAAAAGCCCUGGGUUUCCCUGAAGGACUGGUCAUUCAAGCAUACUUCGCGUGUGAGAAGAACGAAAAUCUAGCCGCUAACUUCCUGCUUCAACAAACAUUUGACGACGAGUGAUGUGCGUUGUGUCCUUCUGAGCCGGCAGAGUAACAGUGGGCCAGUGAGCGUGUGUGUGUGUGUGUGUGACACCGUGCUACAGAGUGUGUCUAUGUGAUGUACAGAUGACGGCCAGGUGAUCUGUCUCAAAAAAAAUCCUGAAUGGUCUUCCGGGACACCCCCUGAGUGAACGAUGAAGCCAGGAUGUGAUUUGUUCGUUGUGAGUUAAGCGGCCCCCACCCUUCACCCCCCCAUCCUCCUUCCAGGCUCUUUUUCUUCAGUACUGCUACACCCACACCCCCACCACCCUUCUGCUUGUGCCAUGCGCUUUCAUCCUGACUCACAGUGACAAUCUGCUGUGGUCAUAUUUAUUGAUUUUCGACCCUACCAUUUGCAUCACUUUCCAUAACCGUGCUGUUCAUAUGGGAGGUGUUUGGUUCAGUCGUGUUUGCUAUCGGGGUCUUACUAUCCUAGGGGAAUAACCUUAAACAUGCAGACAAAACUCAGUAUUCAGUGUCAAAAUGGCUGUGCAACUGCAAUGUAUUUUUUGUGUUUACAAAAUGAGUGUUUUAUUGACACCUCUUACUGUUUAUCUCCAUCCAUGUAAAACAUGGAGCAUGUUGUGAAAAACACAGAACAUGUGAAUGUAAAAGGGAUACAUGUUGGAGAACUGUUAGAUAAAAUCUGGUAGUAUCUGAUUAAUCCCAUGUUAAACUAGUUUGAGUUAUUGGUAUGGUUCACCAUUCCAUUGUAUUGUGAUGUUCUGAGAAAGGAAUGUGUCAAACUGGGAGUGUUGAAGAAGGUUGACUAUCACAAAUCAUAUGUAUGUUAGUACAUAUCCUACUGUAAUAGUGAACGAGGUCUGGUGAUUGACAGCCAUAAUCAAUAUUUAAAACUAAACGUAGGAAGAUUACUUGCACUGAGCAAAAAGUUGUCUCUCUUCCCCUGUUUUGAAUGGCCCCCUUUUCUCUAUGCAUCAUCAGAAAUCAUGCUGUAUGUCCAUGCAAUUAAUUUGCCAUGUCUUAGGUUGUCUCUGUUUUGAUGAGAAGUCAUUGGUGGGUGCACAGCUUUACAUCUAAUCAUACAGGGUUUCCCAUUUGGACAUAUUGUCGAACUACCCAUUUAUAAAGAGGUGAUGCUGAAGGGGAAUGCGUGAAGCCCCCCCCCCCCCCCCCCCAAAAAAAAAUGAACGAGAGUAUGCCUUCAGUAUCCUAUUGGCCUCUUCGCUUUCUCUGUGACUUGAGGACAUGCAGUGGAGGUGAACUUGAUGCAAUAGGUGAUAAUUAAGUUAUUUAUUGUGACCGAUGUUGUUCUGAGGUGAUGUCGGCUAGUGGUUGUUGGUUGCAUGAGUUUGAAACAUGUUCGGGCUGAGAUAUAGCAUGGCUGGGUGGGUACACCGCCACAGGAGUGAUGUGUUUUACUUUAGUAUUUUUCUUGUUUUAAUUUUUCGUUUAUGUUGAAUUUUCAACAAAGCAGAGGACUUUUAGCCUUAAGAGCACCACUUGAAGGUUUGCUGAAUGGUUCAGCAACGAUUGUUUCAGCAUUGUGUAAAAUAAAUAGCUUUUACAAAGCUGUAAGACUGUU